UCUCUCUGAGCAUCAUCUCCACGUCUGCGUUCUUCACCCCCGCCCGACAGCCACCAUUCCCACCUCGGAGAGCUCCACGCUGGCAGCGCAGCCCCUUCCCCGGCUGAGCAUCGGGCGUAAGACCCUGGUGGCAGCCGCUGUGGGGGUCAUGCUGGUUCUGGUCCUGGUGGUCCUCAUUCCCGUGCUUGUCAGCUCCGUGGGGACGGGUGACGGCGAAGACGGUGCCGGCCGUUAUGAGAUGCUGGGAACCUGCCGCAUGGUGUGUGACGCCUUCCCCACGCCGGGCACAGGGGAGCCAGUCACUGCCCAGCUACAGGUGGACAACGGAGAGGAGGCAGGUUUGGGCGAUCACAGCAUUGGGCCGCCGUUGCCAACGUACGGCGCGCACGGCUCCCAGGGCAGACCUGGACGUCCGGGUAAGCCCGGACCCCCGGGCCCCCGUGGAGAACCGGGCCCUCCAGGGCCGAAGGGGCCACCAGGGAAUGCUAUGGAUGUCGUACGGACAGGGAUCCUAGGCUUAGGGGAGAAGGGCUCGGUAGGCACCUCGACCUACAACACCACGCCCCGGGUGGCUUUUUAUGCGGGGCUUCGGAACCCGCAGGAAGGUUACGACAUCCUGCGCUUUGACGACGUGGUGACCAACAUCGGGGGCAAUUACGAGGGCGCCACGGGGAAGUUCACCUGUAAGAUUCCUGGCACCUACUUUUUCAUAUACAACGUCCUGAUGAGGGGAGGAGACGGCACCAGCAUGUGGGCCGACCUGAUCAAGAACGGUCUGGUGAGGGCCAGCGCCAUCGCCCAAGACCAGGACCAGAGUUACGACUACGCCAGCAACAGCGUCAUUCUCCACCUGGAUGCGGGUGAUGAGGUUUUCAUCAAACUGGACGGCGGAAAGGCGCACGGUGGCAACAGCAACAAGUACAGCACCUUCUCGGGCUUCAUUCUCUAUGCCGACUAGUGAGACCACGGCCGAUCGCUUGGCUUUCACUUGCAGCGAGGACGACGUUGCCCAUAGCCACUGAUCUACAGUGACGUGGCUGGAUUGGUGGUUAUGGGUAAUGGGUCUACCUCUUUGUCCAUUCAUGGUGCCUACGCCGCUGUUCCGACGACCUAGCCUAACACGUCAUGAUGCCGAAGCGCCGUGACGGUUCCGACAGCAUCAUCUCCAAACCGGAAUCUCUUGUUUGCUGGUGUCCUUGCUUUCUUCUUACUAGUGCGCUAAAAUGUCGUAACCUUUGAGAUCAGGGGCCAGAAUGAGAUUGUCUUCGUGUAUCAGAUCUGAUAUUGAACCUUGUCCUGUCUGCUCAAGACUUUGAUGAAAUAUUUGUGCCAUUCUAUCAUGUGACGUGCUAACUUGUAAGCAUCUGUUGAACUCUAGCAUGCAGAACCUGUUAAAACCGAUACGCAAAUGAAUUAAAGGUCCCCUAUUAUGCAAAUCUGACUUUUUCAUGAUGUUCUACCAGUAACAUGUGUCCCUACAACCUAUUUAUGAGCACUAAAUGUGAGGAAAAUCUAUACCUAGCUCCAUUUUUGACAAAAGUUCUGGUUUUGGGGAAGAUUUUCAUGACCUUUCUCAUGGACAUGAGCUCUGUGUAUAUGGCCACAACUUUGUGGAAAAGCAGGCUUCGCUACACAUCUUAAAACAAAGCACUGCCAACUAUUGGUCAGUCAGCUACAGACCCAGGAGCUGUAAGGUUGAUCAAUUUGUUUUUCUAGGCUAACCUAGCAUGGUGUUGCUGUUGAAACAUGACUGUAAUGUUAGCACUGUAGCUCACAUAGCUAUGCUAGUAUCACUAACGUUCGUGUCUUCCUAUCCCACUCCUUAAUGUCAUGUUGUUGUAUGUGCUAUUAAAUUGGACAAGUGCAGAGUUACGGUAUAUGCAAAAGUGUAUAAAGUGCACAAUAGCACUUCUUGGAGAGACACACUCUGUUGUAUAGCUCAUUAGCAUUCAAGCUACAGAUACACAAAACGGCGCGUUCCCACGAGAGCUUACGAAAAGCACUUCAAAACUCUUUAAAAUCCAGCACCAAGGCUAGAUAUUGGACAACAACACUUGCAAUUGUGGGACCUCGCCGAAUAAAAUGGGUGACAACAGUGUAAUAUGGGACCUUUAACAGUUUUUGGAAU